UUGUGCAGCACUCUCCUCUCUGUAUCUCUCCGGCUGAGCAUCUGCUCCUGGUUGCUAUAUAAACCCUGCAGGAUGGGAGCCCCUGAACACUGGAGCUGUGACCUCAGCCUUCUGCUGUCACUCAUAGUCAUAGUGUCUGCUGUCAGUGCAGGGGACCCUUUUGACUCCCAGCUAGGAGACAUCAAUUCUUGCAGCCAGCAGUGUCAGCUCACCUUCAAGCUUAAAAGCUCCUCAGAAGAUGAUGUUCUUGGUGCCUGCUAUAGAGGAUGCAGACUGUUUUCAAUUUGCCACUUUGUGGAUGUCACUGCUGACCUUAAUACAACUAGAGCUGAAUGCGAGUCAGCGUGUGCUGAAGCCUAUUCUAAAACAGAUGAACAGUACAGUUGUACAACAGGCUGCAGAAAACAACUCACUGAGGUCGAAAGCCAGAAGGUAAAGAUGCUGGAUCUCAGACUUCCCACUACCUUUUCUAUGUUUGACCUGAUCUCUGGCUUCUGCAGCGAUAUUGUGAGUUCAGCUCAGAGCUUCAUCUCAUCUACCUGGACUUUCUACCUACAGUCUGAUGAUGGGAAGGUUGUGGUGUUCCAGUCACAGCCAGAAGUAGAAUACCCAGUGCUUGAGCUUCAAGCUCCAAGAUCUGAGGUUACUGAUAAGACUUGGCUUUCUUCAAGAUUCAACACCCUGAAACCUCACACAGGUGCACGUGACAAAACUGAGAAGAGUUCAGUUAAGGAGUCUAAAGUGAAGCAUAAGUUACCCCACAUGGAGUCCCCACAGUCAGAACAUGAUUUUCUGGGAUGCAUGUCGAAGCGAUCAGGAUUACCACGUUGGAUUCUGGCUGCAUGUUUGUUCCUGUCCAUAAUGGUGAUGCUCUGGCUUAGCUGUGCCAGCCUUGUAACAGCCCCCGAUCAACAUGUAAAGGCUCAGCCACUGAGCAUAAAUGGAGACAAAGAAUAUCUGGAAGACAUGGAAAAGCCAGAGCCCUUUCCACUGCCUCCUGUGGUGGCUGUUACCAUCUGCCCUACUGAAGAGAGUGAGGAAGCUGGACCACUGCCAGUGAAAGUGGACCUAGAUAAAACCAUAAUCUAAAACGGCCUUUUAUAUACCUUUAGUGCUUACGAUGAUUAUAAAACCACAAUGCACUAAAAGGAAUAAUUGUCUCGUUAUACUGGUUUCAUGAACUGUACUCUUUUGCUUCCUUUUGUUGCAAAGCAUCUAGGAUGAUUGAUCUUCAGAUAUAGAACCCACCAGAAAUGGUCCAAAUCUUGUGGUGUCUGAUGUGGAGAGUAAAAGGUUGCAAUGUUGGUUUCAGUAAUAAUGAUAUUUCUUAAUAAGCUUAAGAGGUUUUCAUGGAUCUAAUUUGCCCAUAAUGUUAUAAAACCAUCUAGUCUGUGUCUUCUGAUGUACGAAGACAAGUCAAUUACAAAGCUGUGCCGUAUGUUAGAUCUUUAAAAUGUUCAUUAUAACAUACAAUACUAUUAAUAAAGAUGUCAGUUACAGCUAAGAGACACGCUCAGGUUGACUCACAAACACCAUAAACUUCAUGAUAUUUAGCAACCUUAAUUAAACUGUACAUUUGCCUAUGUCUUUGUAUUUCUAUGAAGAUACUACUGGUACUGCAUGAAUCUAGUAAUCACUAUUUAUAUGUAUGUUUUUCCUUUUUUACAUGAAGGUAAAGCUUAAAAUGCAAAGCAGCUUUCAGAAAGGAAAUGCAUUUUAUAAAAGGGCCUCUUGCUGUAUCAAGUACAUUUUUAAGUACAGUAGAUUGUUACAUGCUUUAUGUAAAGAAGGGUAAUGUCUCCUCUGUUCUUUGAGAUGUGAGAUGUUCUCUAGGCAACUAGCAUUUUAUUACAUUUAGAGCUACAGGUAAUUGUUGUUGCAUAUAAUGGUCUAUUUGCUACUGACUGUUGAGUAAUUUUUUAGACUACGAUAAGAAUGUUUUCUUCUAUUUCCUUGUGUAAGAACAUCCCCAGGAGUACAGCUGAUUGCAGGGGAUCUGAAUAUAAGCCCCUGACAAUAAAAUAUCACUCUAGUAACUAAUCAUUUUUAAAGUAAGCAUUACACAGGCUGUCUUUGUGAUGCCCAGGUUUCCUGGGUCCUCCAGAGUGAUCUCUGCUGUUUGUAGCAGGUCUUCACUCUAUUACUGUACUUGCAUAUAACUUAAUAGGUCAUGCGAUAAGGUUGCCAAAAAGUAGGCAACCUCUUCUGUUUCCAUUAAAAUUGUUGAAACUUUAAAACUGAUGUUAUUCUUCAGUCUACAAAAUUUGGGCUGGAUCCUGCAUCUUGACUAACAGGUUGUGGAUGAGGGCAGGAUUAUUGAAUAGUUCAGAUCAGCAAGUCAGAAGAAUAUGUGAUAGAUAGUAGUCCAGAUAUCCCAUCUUGGCUUAUAAUUGUCCUUUGAAAAUGGUUAGCUACCUCGUUGUCAGUCACUGAAAAAAAAUGCAUGUUUUUCUCAAUAUGGCUAUAUUGCUAUAUACUGUAUGUACUGCACAGUGGUGCUUGAAAGUUUGUGAACCCUUCAGAAUUUUGUUAAAACUACCUAAAACUACAUCAGAUUUUCACACAAGUCCUAAGAUAGAUUACCAAAUCAAAAUAGCCAAAAGUAUUAAACUUGGUCAUUUAUUUAUUGAGGAAUAUGACAUUGCAUGUAUAUGUGUGGCAAAAAGAUGUAAACCUUUAGGAUUAGCAGAUAAUUUGAAGGUGAAAUUAGAGUCAGGAGUUUUUAGUCGAUGAUAUGAUCUUCACACCACAUUUGUGGAAGUGUAUGAUGGCGUAAAAGAGAUUUUUUUUGAGGACCUCAGAAGUAGAGUUGUUCAUGCUCUUCAGGCUAGAGGAGGUUACAGAACCAUCUUUAAAGAGUUUGGACUCCACCAAUUCACAUUCAGACAGAGAGUGUACAAAUGAAGGCAAUUCAAAACUAUUAUUACUCUCCCAGGAGGGUAAAAUUAGUGUCAGGUGUUUUUAGUCGAUGAUAUGGUCUUCACAACACAUUUGUGGAAGUGUGUGAUGGCACAAAAUAGAUUUUUUUUAGGACCUCAGAAGUAGUUGUUCAUGCUCUUCAGGCUAGAGGAGGUUACAGAACCAUCUUUAAAGAGUUUGGACUCCACCAAUUCACAUUCAGACAGACAGUGUACAAAUUAAGGCAAUUCAAAACUAUUAUUACCCUCCCCAGGAGUGGUUGAUUGACAAAGAUCACGCCAAGAGCAAGGCAUGUAUUUGUCUGCAAGGUAACUUCUAAGCAACUAAAGGCUUUUCUCACAUUAGCUAAUGUACAUGAGUACAUCAUCAGGAGGACACUGAACAAUGAUGGUGUGUAUGGCAGGAUUGCAAAGAGAAAGCUGCUGCUCUCCAAAAAGAACAUUGAUUUUUAUCUGAAGUUUGCUAAUUAUCACCUGGACAAGCCAGAAGGCUAUUCGAACAAUGUGGGUCAUUUAUUAUACUGAAAUAUGCCUACAUUAGGCGUAUUUCAGGCCAGAUGGUGGAGAAAAGGUUAGUUGCACUGCUAUGUGCGACUUCUCACUGAUCACGCCAGGUCUAAAAUUGUGGGCGGGGAAUGGGAUGGGCUGGCAGGCCCAUUUCAUUCAUCAUUUUCUACUCCUGUUUUAGGCAUAGAAAAUGGUCUAAAUAUAAGACAGCUAGGAAG